UGUCGGGCCUAUCUUUUCCGUGCUGGUUCCUCCUGCCUAAGCAAUAUUCGUUACUAUCCUCCCUCUCGGCCGGGCCCGGUCCUAUGGAACGCCCCUCCCCGUGAUAAGUUGAUUUAUGUGCAUCGAUGGAUCGUGGAAAUUACGACGUCCCUCGAAAUGGGCCCUUAAAGGGCCUAUUCUAUCAUAUCGUGCUUCCGACCAAGUUGCCUCACGGUUCCGACUCGAAUGUAGCUGAGAUCGAGCGUGCGUUGGUAGAUCGGUUAAUCUCCGCUGCCAACACCAUAAGGGACAUCCAAGAUGACACCUGCUGGCGCGCGUGGGAUUCUAUCAGACGGUCUCUCGUGCUGUGCAGGACCCUGAACAUCGGCGGGAGGGUAGAGCGAAGCCAGCUAGCUUCUCAUCUCAAGCUGGUCGUCAAUUCCGACCUCGUCAUCCUCCGUAUAGCCACCCAGAACGCUGGUAUCACCAUCCACAGAUCUGACCGGCCCGAAUACAAAGACGGCGUUCUGUUCGAGUUCUUUGAAGCCUCGCCUCUACGUGAUGCCGUUCUAGCGUCCCAGACGUUGUCGUGGUCAUUCCCCGGGACCGCUGUGUUGGUACCUUCUUCCGUAUUUUAUGAUGAUGCCUUCCUAGAAAGCCUUACCGGCUUUCUUGAGCAAGCCUCCGUGGAAUCGACCCAAAAGUUCUCCGAAUAUGUCACCAAAGCCGGGCACGCACUGGUGGAGGAUCGAGAAACCCCGGAUCCGUCUCUAAUCACGUCACUUUUAGCCGCCAUUCUCGAAGGCAACGGCAGGCGGGUUUCCCCCGAACUCCUGCAGAAGAGGGUCAGGGAUGAUGUUUGUUGGUUCGAUACCGGCUCGCCCUGGCGGAGGCUGCCGUAUUGGCUCGUUCUUCGCGUUGCCAUCUCCCGCUACCUAGCGGCAACGCUAGGCGUGUCCCACGGAAGAAUCCAAUACAAAUUCUUCAUGUGUAUAGUCCAUGCUGUCCUGCUCCAGGACAUUGGAUCUCGCGUCGAUAUCGAGGAGCAGGAUUUCCUGAAAAGGAAAUUAUGCCGUCGGCUGUACAAGCUUGACCGAGAACACUUGGAACUGCCUCUGUCCGUCCAGGAUUCAUUUUCCAAGUUGAGCCGCGCCUUGACGCCUCAGUUUAACAAAAUCAUCCAAGCUAUUACCAAUAAAAUCAGCACAACUUGGAGUAACGAGAUGGCAACAGCCACAAAGCUGAUACCUAUGCUGCCUCGAAAGGCGAGGCAGGAAGACUUGAGACUGCGCUUACUGCUGAGCCGCGAGUACCUACAAAGGGCUCGGGAUCGGUUUAAGAGGGCAGAGCUCCGCCGCGUACCGCAAACGCGCACAAACCCCCAGCAACCCAAGGCUCUCGUGGAAUCGUUCGGAAACAAGCUUCUUAAAGUUUUCGAGAAGGAAAAUCGCAUCUACAGUUCCGUAGGUUACCAAAAGACUAUAGAUCCCACAGCCCAAUGUCGGCAGUUACAUGAUACAAUUUUCGAUUACAUCAACCAGGUCAACGAUUGUUACGAUGAAAACCCGGAGCAGAAAUCUAUUAUGGCUCUUACGCUGAUGGAGAUCUGGAUGGCUCUCGACAGCGCCGCGUGCACUUUGUUCCCUCUCCUGCGUGAAUUUCACCCAGUGUUUACUCCGCGCCUGAUGGAAAUACUCCGUUUCCCUCAAUUCUUCCAUGUGUUGCGCGCGAGGAAAGUUCAAUCAUAUAUCCAAGAGCGAAUCGAUAGGUGUCGCGGCACCCGAGCUACGAUCUUCGACGAUCCGGUCCGAGGCUGCUUUGCAGAAAGAUACUUCGACGAGUCUCCCGAGGCGGGUGUUCUCGCACAGCUGCUUGCUAGAAUACAAGCCACCGCCAUGCAGCAACGAGAGAGAAAAGAAGAGGAAUGGAAGGAAUUAAGCGCCGAGUACGAACGUCUUACUAUGGAGUUCAACUCGGCAACUUGCAUGUUCGUCCAAACGGCGGACGGGUUAUAUCCGAUUCACGACAACCGGUCUUGUCGAAAAUGCCAGCUUGACAAGAGGAGGUCUAGCAUGGUGAUCAGAGCCUUUGAGUGGCCAUUGCCCGAGUCCCCCUUGAUGGCUAAAGCUGUAGUAUUUGAGCUGAGGUGCCCUGAGGCCUUCUCCGCAUAUCGCGAUGCUACGUGGGCGAUAUUGUCGCGCGUUGCGAGAGAAAAUCGAGAGUCGGGAAUCGAACCUAGGCUAUGUCUUCGAGACUACUCGGAGCUCCGCCUGUAUUGCGAUAUUCACGGGACCGUUUCUCUCGCGUCGACGACCAAGUCUUUCCUGAUGACGCAUUAUAAAGAAAGAAAAAGGUUUCCAGUUGAUCUUGACCAAGUAUGCCUCCCCAAUGGGUUGAAACUCGCAUACUUCGACCAGUCGACCAGUUCUUGGCCAGGGCGGAAGGAGAUACGACCUACCUUUGAGCACUACUGUAAAUUAGUGCUCCCGACCGACUCCCCGUUCUCGUCCCUGUUAGAAUCGCGGAGUUUUCACGUAUACGGAGACGGCCCGUCUUCUUACGAGAUCGCUGCAUCUUAUUCGUCGUGUCCGACGGGCGUCAAUCCGCACGAGUAUAUGGCAUUCCAAUUUCUCUUGUCCGGGAAGCGUCGCCGGUGGAUCUCGGUCCUGACCGAGCUUGGGUCGUCAAAUCUCAACCUCUCGACGGAGACAACGGUGUUGUUAUUUGACCAUAUUUCCCACCAGAUUGGUCCGUCAGAGGCCCACGAGUAUCCUCUAGGAUCUAUACAUUACACUUUUCGGGACAUAUCAUUUUGCAAGUCGUUGUCAGAACAGCUUAUAGCGAAGCUGGAUGUCAUUGCCUCCAACUGGCGCGAAACUCACCUAAUGGAAGUCAUCCUUAUUGUAGCAUUGCGGCUCGUCUCGUUUACUUGGCUGUAUACGGAAAUGAAGGAAGUGACGGCCGGGGCCUUGAAUAUCCUCUCCCGAGUGAGGCAGAUAACCCUGGAAUGGGUGCGAAUGCUUCGUAAAGAAAUGUUCCACGCAAAAGGCCUCAACAAUGCUCAGAAUUGCCAGGCAUAUCUGAGAUGGGCGGCUCUUCUUUGCAAGAGAACGUAUGCACACCAGAUGACAACAAAUCGAGACCUUACCAGAGCCGAGCUCUCUACAUUUAUAGAAUGUAGCGCCGCUGUGUACGACAACCUACCCGACAAUAUAGCAGCGCUGGGACGGAUAGUGAGGAAUUCGUUCGUUCGAGAUUUGAGGAUGAUGUUCGAUUUGAAAGAUUACAUCCGUCAGAAGAUUAAUCGUGACAGGGGAGACGCCAUCCUCGACGCCCUUCGCGAAGUGUGGCCCGCCUCGGAAUCCAAGUCUAUCGCUUCCAUCACUUUCACAGACGAAAGCUGGGUGGAAAUCUCUUUAGAGGACUCUGUCGGCGAUGUCGAGAUCGUAAAUUACAACUUUGUCUUCGGGACUUUGCUGAUAAACGGUGAACCAUUAGAUAGACUUCCCACAGAUCCUAAGAGCACCAUUGUUCUCGAGGAGCUUUUUGGCAGUCAGACAAGCCUCAUGAAAUAUCCGUCGAAGAGUCCAGGAAUGACUCAUGUACUGCCAUUCCAAAAGGAAGGGUUUCAUAUUCAUAUCGGAUACGAUGCUGAAACAACCAUUAUUCGAGCUAUUAGAGGAUCAGUCACUCUAGAGUUCGUCCCGAGAGACAUCUUCCGUCGUAAUAACUCCUUUGAUCUCCCGACAGAGCUAAUUGACAACUGCAUACAUUGGCUUGACUUGAGAACGGGUAUCCUUGAAAUCCGACCUAAGUCUAAAAAUCACUGGCGCUCGCAUCCGCACAACUGGAAACUAGAUCUUGCGAGGUCAACAUGUUGGCGAUCUACACCCAGGCACCAAAUGGAAACACUGGUGGAUCCUUACUGCCCUCUAUUCGGGCGGGUAUCAAAGAUCUUCGACUGGUUCGAGCCUCGACAGCAUCUAACUGUUUACCAACCACCCGGGAAGUUCUCACUCACUAUCGAUCUGCCACGCAUGCAGUUGAGGUGGUUUGUAAAUCCGAACCAAUUUCUGCAGUCAUCUCACCUACAGGCUGAGAUUGACCCCGACCAACAAAUCGGUACAUGGUACGGGUUCGAUAGCAAGCUAGUGUGCCGAAGCUUGAGAAACCCUCAAGAACGAUUUGUCCUCGUUCCAGUAGGUAAUAUCAAGGCUAGAACACGGGGGUCCCAUGUCCAGGUCUGCGUUCAUCCGGAAGACUCGCCCUCAGCCAUUUACGUGCGCUUUACGGUUAAUCAGACACUUGGCCGAAUCGACUGUGCCGCCGAACCCGCGCUCGUCUACAGGAAAGCAGAGAUCCAUGCUUUUACAUCUUUUGUCUUACCAGAUCCCCUGACCGGUCUCACUGGAUUUGAAAGCUCAUUGGCCAUCUUGACAUCCGGGAUGGCCCAACCGUGGUCCCCUUUGGGAAUGAUUCCAAUCGGAACCCUAAUGUCUAUCGCGACACUUGCACCCAGGCGAGAAUACUAUCCCGAAGACCGCAAAACCAUGAAAAAGGAGUUCUGGGAACACGUAUACCCGGCCAAUAUCCAACGGGAAGAGUUGCGUAUUCUGGUUGACCAGAUCAUCUCACGAUCUACCAAGUUAGCCAGCUUUCAUCCUCAAGUCAACAAGCCGCCUCAGUUUCCUUCGCCUGGCGACGCACACCUCAAUCUGCGCGCCAUUCGCCGACGUCAGCUUUAUCAAAGGUCUAGCGGCUAUGAACUGCAGCUCGAAACCCCUAGUGACAUGGUAUAUCAAGCUCGGCACUGCCCCCCUAACAGCAGCCUACGAUAUUUAAAUGUCCUCGAGACAGUUAGUAUUAUCCGGGAUAAGCCAGCCUUCAUGUCUACAACCGACAACCUCGCGUCAAGCCUCUCACAGUCACUUGCCAUUAAAGGGUACGUGCAGCAACUAGAGAAAACAGCUCUAGGUGAUCGCCUAGGAGUGGACGUUCGUCGCGAAUGGGGCCCUCUUGUUAAGGAAAUCAAGGAGAUACGCGGGAAAUAUAAGCUCAUGUUCUUCAUGGGCGUAGUUUCGUUCCGAUCUGAUGCUAAUACGCCUCUAAUCCGGACCCUGAUUGCAUUCGCGCAAUGGGACCGCCUCCAGUCUCUAGACCUUCCUAGCUUCCCGGAGUACUCCAACUUCCAACCGCGCCAAACACCACAACUCAACGUCCUGAUCAAGUUGAUACAAGCAUUCAAAGCGCCUCCGCCCGAGGAUCCACCUCUCUCAGAGUUCUCAAGCGGGAGGGAUCAGCGGAAAUAUAUGCAGGCACGAUUGACCCACGCGAAGAAGGCCGACGAGGACUGUAGAGACUUUGCACAAGCGUUGCUGCAGGAAUGGCCCUGUCCAUACCCUAUGGCGAAGUAUGUAAGCGACUCCUGUAUGAUGGAUGUGCUUGGGGCUCUAGAGAUAUUACGGCCUGAGUGGGAAAGACUAUAUCGCAACCACGAAUUCUACGUGCACCUUCAGGAAGUUCAAAAGAUUCUGAACGAAAGGCAUUCCGAUGUCAAAUAUCAAAGACCAGAGUUUGUGCCCUCCGAAUCAACAUUCCCGGUUCUGAAACCCGAGUGCAGAAUCCCCGAACUUGGGAACGACUUGAUGAGAAUACCUUGUCGUAAAGUCUCAGCAAGCAUUGCUAAGGAGAAUGCCGACUUGAGACAAUGGAAGACACGGCCAAAGGCGCCGUCUCCAAAUGUUGCCGCAGAAAGGACUUCGAGAGAAUUGGAACAUAUUAUCGGCAGCUUUGUCAGAUCUAAGUCAACUGUGAAGCAAAAGUACGCGAACGAUCUGAAAGAGAGCCUGGCUGCUUUCAAUGCUCGUGGUUCGCAAGAUGUACCAGACUCUCCGCCCACCGAGCGGCAAAUAGCUCACCUUGAAGAGGAUGUCCAGAGAUGCUUCAGAGAAAUCAAAACUGCCUUGGAGCGGCCAAGCGACUGGUUAUCCAAGCACCAGAUCGAUUGGCUGCAGAAAGGUCAGUUGUGGCCGGCUGUGACCCGAGUGACUGUUCUCGAGCAACUCCGGUCUACCGCAAACCGAGAUUUCGGGAGUGGGAUGAAAGAUGCGAUCCUUUCCCUCGCCUUGUCAAUUACGAGCCUCCAAAAACAGAUUCGAAUGGACUCUUAUCAGCGCCUGAACGAGAUUACUCGCUACGAAGAGGAGCGACUGAACAUCGGUCACCGCAAUUGGCGCGUGGAGGAUUACCCUGAAUGGCUCCUGCUGGAGGUUGAGUCGAACCUGCUCAUCCGCGAAACCCAAGUUGAAGUUGCGUUAGCAAUAGUUUCACCGGAAUCCGGGGCAUCCAGCGUUCUUCAACUGAAUAUGGGCCAGGGCAAGACGUCGUGCAUCAUCCCUAUGGUCGCGGUAUUGCUUGCGGACGGCAAGAGCCUAGUUAGAGUCUCUGUGCCUAAAGCGCUGCUACAACAAACUGCCCAGUUACUUCACGGACGCCUGGGCGGGCUUGUUGGCCGGGAAAUCGGUCACGUACCUUUCUCUCGGAGGACGCCGACACACGAAGACCACAUCAAGCUCUUCCAGAGGCUUCAUCGGGAUAUCCAGAAGAAACGCGGGAUCAUGCUGUGUCUUCCGGAGCACCAAAUGUCGUUCAUGCUCAGCGGCCUUCAGCGUGUUCUAGAUAAGCGAAUCCCCGAAGCUAGCAUGAUGGUGCGGGUUCAGAGGUGGCUUCAAUCGUGCGCGCGAGAUGUGCUGGACGAGUGUGACCAUACUCUGGCCGUGAAAACACAACUCAUAUAUCCUUCUGGGUCGCAAAUGGCGGUUGACGGCCACCCGAAUCGCUGGCUAAUAGCUGAGCAGAUUCUAGGCUUAGUGGAUAUGCAUUUGCACAACCUAGCUAUUGGCUUUCCGCAGUCCAUAGAGGUCGUGAGACGUUUCCACGGAAGAUAUCCCUUUGUUUUCUUCCUGCGGCCAGAUGUCGAAGAGGAGCUGAUAAAGCGCCUCAGAAUUGACGUUUGUCGAGGUGUUAGAGGUAUCCUCCCCGUAGAUACCCUCGAGCCGGCAGAUCGUAUCGCCAUUAAAGAGUUCCUCUCUAGUGGCAAGGUUCGCCAGUCCAGCAUCGAUCGAAUCACUCGUCUGUGUCCCGACCGACCGCAUAUCCGCCAGUCCGUCUAUAUACUUCGAGGACUACUUGUCCAUCGGAUUUUGCUCAUGGUCUUGAAGAAGCGGUACGGGGUCCAGUACGGGCUCCACCCCCACAGACAUCCCGUGGCCGUUCCUUUCCAUGCGAAAGGGGUUCCGAGCGAGCAGUCGGAGUUUGGACAUGUCGAUGUUGCCAUAUUAUUAACUGCGUUGGCCUUCUAUUAUCGUGGAAUUAGCGUGCCCCAAGCUCGCCAGGCUCUCGAAGCGGUCUUGAAAUCCGAUGACCCAGCAUCAGAAUAUGAUAAGUGGACGGAGGACGAAAAUUUCCCCGAUUACUUACGUGAUUGGCACUCUAUUAACGUGGACGAUACUCAUCAGAUGAAUCAGAUCUGGCAUUUCGUACACUUCAAGGUCCCAGUCAUCGACUACUACAUGAACAACUUCGUCUUCCCAAUCCACGCGAAGCAGUUCAAGGUUCGCCUGCAGUCUAACGGCUGGGACAUUCCCCUAUUCUCCGGGUCACAACCUAAUCAGCCAACUAAGUGGUUGAAUAAGACCAGGGGAGUUACAACUGGGUUCUCAGGUACAAAUGAUAUCAAGCCACUCCUACCAUUGACUAUAACGCAGGAUGACUUGCCGUCACUAUCGCAUACAAACGCGGAGGUGCUCACCUACCUCCUGCAGCCUCGAUCCCGGAAAUAUGUUGUUAUGGCCGACCAAUAUCGAAAACGUCUCACAGAAAACGAAUUCCUAUACAUGUUGAGGAAGCAUAAUAUCCGCAUUUUAAUAGAUUCUGGGGCCCAGAUUUUAGAGCACUCUAACCUUGAGUUAGCCCGAAGUUGGCUCAAAGUCGACCCAAAAGCGAAUGCAGCGUUGUUUUUCGACGGAGACAAGCCAUACAUCAUCUCCAAGGUGAACACGAAGACUCCUCUCCUUGCUUCACCUUACGCAGACAAUCUCGAAGGAGUCCUAGUGUAUCUAGACGAGGCUCAUACGCGCGGGACAGACCUCAAAUUUGGCCCCAACGCUUGUGCUGCCCUCACGCUGGGUCUCGGUCAGACCAAAGACCACACUGUUCAAGCCGCGAUGAGGUUACGGCAACUCGGAACGACGCAGUCCGUCGUAUUUUUCGCCCCUCCCGAGGUAAACCAAAGUAUUCGAGACUUGUGUGCGAAGAAGGAUAACGAGUGGAUAAGCUCCCGUGAUGUAAUCCACUGGCUUAUAAACAACACUUGCGACGGGAUUGAGCAGUUGCAGCCUCUUUACUACUCGCAGGGCGUGGACUUCUGCAAUCGAAUGCAGGCGAUAGACGAAUUUCCCGACUUUCUUACUGACGACGACCAAAGGGCGGGAUUUAUCGAUGCCAUCAAGCACACGGAACGGCAAACCCUCCAAAAGCUUUACGGGCCCCAGACGAAAGCAAAGGCAAGCAGUGUCACGAGAUGGAACCCCAAGAUCGCAGAAUUCGUCGAGAAGCUCGAGAUGCGGAGGAAAAACUUCCAGGACACCGGCCAAGCGGUACAUCCCUCGGCUCUCCAGGAAGUUGAACAGGAGCGGGAGACCGAGUUUGAGGUUGAGACCGUGCGCCAAGUGAAGAAGCCGAUGCCGUACACACCGUACAGCUUUCCCGGGCUCCAUAGGGAUCUCGAGACCUUCGCCAGGACAGGUAGAAUCCCCGCUGGGUCGGAUAUUUUCGUCCACGCCCUCAAGGCCCUCUCAAGGACCUUCCUGGGGAAGAAAUACAAGGUCAACCCCGAAGUUGCUUCCUCGCAGCUAUUCAUCUCGAGAGAGUUUGAACGGACGGUUAAGCUGGUUAUCGAAUCAGCAAAUGACAACUUUCUGCGCCCUGUACAGUGGAUUCUCCACACAGAGUCUCCAGAAACAGCCGUUAUUGUAACUCCCGAGGAAGCAGAAGGCUUGAUCCGAAUUAUCCGAGACGAGAAUAAGCACAAAGGCGAGAGUCCAACCCGCCUCCUGACCUAUGCAGCACCGGUUACCCGCCGUAUGAUGCAUUUUAACAAGCUGGACUUCUAUACAAUACCCCCCAUCUCUUCGGACUGGCGUCCCGCUGGGUGGCUCACCACCGAACUCGGCUUCUUCGCAGGGAGAUUGUAUUUCGAAUGGGCCGAGUAUGAGGGGAUCUGUAGUCUGCUUGGCAUCGACGUAUCAGCGCCCAGCAAUAUGGUGGAUGAACUUGACAGUUCGGAAACCGAGACAACGACAGGACAAGAAGAGGCAUCUGACUCUCGAGGUCUCGUUAUACACCCCGACACCCAGGGGACGCGACAAUGCGAGGAGCCCAAGAAUACAUCGGGCUCGGCUGUCCCAAUGCCUGGCACGAAGGCGAAAGGCCUUACUCUUAAGCCGUACACGUUCACGCAAGAGUACCUGGCGGUCCGCCGACGCGGGCAAGACUUUGCUCACACUCCCAUGGGAUUCAUAUGCACUGGCAAGCCGCUGACGGCGGACAGCCCGCUAUUCCGCCGGGCAGAUGAGGCUCGACGGACCCAGGGCUUCGCCCCUGUGAUGACGGCCGACGAGGAUAACGACGACCGGGUCGUAAUAGAGGAGACGAUGGACGUGGGGGAAUACGAUCCAUCGGCCGAGGUGAAGGACGACGAGGAGCAUGUGGAGAUCGAGUACGACGAGUCGGAUAAAUUUCGUGAAGACGACGACUACUCGGAUGACUCGGGCAUCGCGACCAAACCGGAAGGGAGGACUCGCAAGGUGCGAACUGCGAAAUUCCGGGGUUAGGUGGAUUUGGAUUCAUUUUCUUUCUCUUUAAUUUGACGUGCGUUGUGCGGGUUAUUAUAGCAUUCCUCUGGCUUGUGAGCAUGUUGGCAGUCAUUAGCUAGCGACUUGUAUCACGAAUGUGGCGUAAAUUCAUCGGUCUGGAUUGUAGAGUAGAGAUCUCUGAAAUUGAAUCUCCGCCCCCAUUGUACCCGACACGAGUCUCCUGCCACUAUACGAAGCGUGAGUUUUCC